GAUCCCGAUCCCCGACGUCAGCAAGAAAUCCCCAAACAUCAGCCGACUCAAUAGCUACGUCUCACCACCAACAAAACCACCAAUUGGCCCCAAUUGACCAUGAACGUAGCGCCUCGACUCGCGCGAAGUUCAGCCCUAGCGGCUUCUUCACAAUGGUCAUGUUUCUUCUGCCAGAAUACCCGACCGAAGCUCCAGCGAAAUGCCUUCAACUUUGCCCGCAAUGCAUCGAAUAACGCCCGCACGGGACAGCCUUAUACACCUACGAUGGAGGAGAUUCGUGCGCAUUAUAGCAAGAAGAACAGGACCGUAGCGUACGAUUGAAAAUGGGACUGCAGAGGUCGUGGCUUACGAUUAUCAGGUACUACGUCUUGAGUACAAUCCUCGGAUUUGUAACUCUCACUUAUGGCUCUGUGCCCUUCUACAAGAUGGUGAGGCACUCCCUCCUCAAUAUCAUGAUCCUUUCUAAUGUACUUGAAGAUCUGCCAAACCACCGGCUGGGGCGGUCAGCCUGUACGUGCCCACGGUGGUCCAGGAUCAGGCGACGAAGGCGAUCUCGCAAGCCGAGUCGUCCCCGUUAGAGACGCCAAGCGAAUCAAAGUCACUUUCAGUGCCUCUGUCUCCGAUGUCCUGCCCUGGAAGUUCGUCCCUCAACAGCGAGAAGUGCGAGUUCUCCCCGGUGAGACCGCACUGGCUUUCUACAAGGCCACCAACAAAAGUGACCAGGAUAUCAUCGGAGUUGCUACCUACAGUGUGACACCUGCCCAGUGUGCGCCGUACUUCAGUAAGAUCCAGUGUUUCUGCUUCGAGGAGCAGCGUCUCAAUGCGGGCGAGACUGUGGACAUGCCCGUUUUCUUCUACUUGGACCCUGAUCUGCUCAAUGAUAUGAACAUGAAGGGCAUAGAGACUGUGACAUUGAGUUACACCUUCUUCAAAGCCAGAUACGAUAACAAUGGACGAUUCCAGAGACCUAUGUCUGCAUAGAUGGGACAGAUGUGUUGGAUUAAAUGUACAAUACCCUCCUCUUGUAAAACAAUAUGCAUACCAUAGAGUUAUUUCGGAUUAGACAUGUCUAUGACGUUGAAGACUAUGACUCCGUGCCACACGGAUUCAAGUCAAUGAUCAACACUUCUUUCUAGUCAAAAAUUACUUCUAUAAAGCUUCAAAUUCCUCGCAUGUGCCAUUAGCAUCCGACAUCAUGCAGAUUCUU